AUGACGGCCAUCAGUACCUUCUUUCGACUCCUCCUACUGAUCUCCUUCGUGCCGGCCCUUAUCUCGACGGACACUGUCUUCGAUGUUGAGUUGGUUCACCGCGACUCCCCUAAGUCGCCACUAUACAAUAGCUCGAUGACGCCCUUCGAUCGCCUACAGGCUGCCGCCCUCCGCUCAAUCAACCGAGCUAGCUACAUAGACAAGCGCAUCGCCAUGAAGACCUCUGUCGACAUGGAAAUCGACAUUCGCUAUGAUGAUGGGGAAUUCUUGAUGGGGUUCAGCAUGGGCAUGCCAAACCCACAAUCUGUGUGGGGCAUGGUCGACACCGGCAGCGACCUCAACUGGGUCAACUGCGUGGGCUGCCAGUGCUUCAAUAACACUGCUGUCCUAUUCAAUAGUAGUGCAUCCAUCUCCUAUAACAAGUUAUCCUGCUUUUCUAAUGAGUGCAGGAGCCUUAGUCAAGGUUAUUGCAGUACUGAUCGGAAGUGCCAGUACCAUUACUCCUAUGGCGAUGGCUCCAACAUCGACGGAAUAUUAUCCUCAGACACCUUCACUUUCACCCAUUUAGAUAUAUCCAUUCCAAAUGUGGUAUUCGGUUGCAACUCCCGGUCCUUGAGCACCCUUGGCGACGAUUGGGGCUGCUUCAUUGGUUUGGGCCCCUCUUCGCCGUCUCUGAUCAACCAGCUUGCUCCUAAGUACAUCAAAAAGUACUUCUCUUAUUGCCUGAACUUGCUCGAUGGGGGAUACGGUAGCAGGCUCUUCUUGGGACAGAGCAAACCGACGGUCGCCGGAAAGGCAACCGUCACGCCGCUUAUGACAAAUGACGACUUCUAUGCCGUGCAACUUGAUACCAUCUCUCUCCCGGGUGAGUUUGACAUUGAGUACAAUACUAGGAGGUCCAAGUUAAGGGCUGGCAACAUCAUCUUCGACUCCGGUACCGUCAUGACCAUGCUAGACAAUCAAGUGGUGGACGAAUUGGUGAGCGAAUUGACGAAUUACGUAACAUUAUCGACUGUGACCCCGGUAGGCAUAUUCAAAUUGUGCUUCCGUGUGCGCUCAACGGAGCAAGAGGAGACUCUGCCAGGGUUGUGGUUCUCAUUUGCUGGACAGUUGGGGGACUUCAGGGUGAGCCCUGAAAACCUGUUUAGGUGGCUUGGUAACAAUGUAAAAUGCAUGGUGAUAAGGGGAACGAAUGGUAUACAGGUCUUUGGAAAUGUUAUGCAGCAAGAUGUUUUGGUUGGACAUGAUCUAGAAAAAAUGGAAUUGACCCUUAUAGAAAAAAAUUGUACCGAGUUAUACAAACCCUAUUAA